AUGGACCCUAACAGUAAGAUCGUUAUCAUCGGUGCAGGCCUGUUUGGUCUCACGACUGCCAAGCAACUUGUUUUGGAAGGUCACCAGAACAUCACUGUGAUUGACAGGCAUAUGCCCCCUGUUCCAGAUGGAUCAAGCUCAGAUAUCUCCCGAAUUAUCCGGUUCGACUAUGCCGACAGCGACUACUGCUCCCUUGCAUAUGAGGCCUACCAGAAGUGGUCCCAGGAGGUAAAGUAUAAGGGUAUUUUCUAUCCAACCAAGUACAUAAUUGCCGGCUCCAGAAAGAGUCCAGAAAAAUCUUGGACCGACAAGACGAUCGCCCAACUAGAGAAGCGACAGCUACCAUACACUAGACUGCCAGAUGCAGUGACUACUUAA